AUGCCGCCUCCUCCUCCGCCGCCUCCACCGCCCAUGUGCUUUCCUUUCACGAAUCGUUCACGAACUCGCGAAUCCAGCCCUCUCAUGGUUCGCACAGACUCGGAAAAAUCUUAUGCAUCGUCUCAGAGGUCCGAAAACCGCUCCAACCGUUCUGAGAAGUCCGACAAUAAUUCCCAUCGUUCGUCUCAGAAGUCCGACAACCAUUCCAAUCGUUUGUCUCAGAAGUCUGACAACCAUUCCAAUCGUUCGAAGCGAUCGCGUAAUUCUACCGGCUCCCCAAAUAAGCUCGUCCGCUCUGGGUCUUACUCCACCACGCGGACCCUCGCAUCAGACGUGGAGAAACUAUCUUUUGAUUCGGAUUCAGAAGUUUACGACCUCCCUACACUUGCUGACGACAGCCGCAUCAAGCUCUCCCCGCUCUCUCGCAGUGACAGCAAGUCUGGUCUGACGAGGGUCGAUUCGAAGAAAUCCACGAAGUGGGGAUAUGGGUGGGGAUUGGGAAAAGCCAAGGAGAGGGAAAGAGAUAUGUUGGAACGAUCGCCCUCUGUCGAUUCGGAAAGACCUCCGCUUUACAAAUCACCUACUCGUACUUCCUCCAGGUCCAGCGGCAGCAAACGCCCACCUUUCUACUCGAAUGACUCUGGGAGCACGCUUGUUGGGUCUGCUUAUGAACGCAAGAUAAAUGACGUCGAAUUCAUCAAGGAGAAGGUAGACACGGCAGAAAGAUUGGAAGAGAUCAGGAAGUUGAUGGCCAAAGAGAAACUUGAUUACUACGUUGUGCCCAGUGAGGACCCCCAUCAGUCCGAGUAUGUCGCAGCGAGUGAUAAACGUAGGGCAUGGAUCUCUGGGUUUACCGGAAGUGCGGGCCAAGCUAUCAUUUCAAAGACGGCCGCUUACUUAGUGACCGACUCGCGCUACUGGUUGCAAGCUCGCGAUGAACUUGACUCAAACUGGCACUUGAUACCUGGUGGGGCCGUAGAUGGCCCUAAAGAUUGGAUUGAUUGGUUGGUUGAUCGUGUCAAGGAUUCGAAGAUUGGUAUAGAUGCGCGCAUGAUCUCACAUGAGAAGGCUACCUUAUUCAACACACAACUCAACCACAAGAACUCGAAGCUCGUCUAUCCUCCCCAGAAUUUCAUUGACAUGGUUUGGAAAGACAAGCCCUUGCGGUCCAAGGAACCCGUUUUUAUUCAAUCUCUCGAAUUUACGGGCAGAGAAGCUAGCACAAAAAUCGCAGAGGUUCGCGCUUGGAUUCAGGCACAACCUCCGGCUGUUCCUUCGUACUCCAAAGCAACUCCGACUCCUGCCCAGAUGCAUAUCGGCACAUUGAUUAGUUCUUUAUCUUCAAUUGCUUGGCUUCUUAACUUACGUGGCUCCGAUAUCCCUUUCAAUCCCCUGUUCUAUGCCUACCUGUUCAUUUCUCUUGAUAGGGCGGUCCUAUUCUUGGAUCCGGCCAAGCUUACUGAUGAAGUGGAGGAUCACCUACGUGCCCUCAACGUCGAGCGGAAGGAAUAUAACGACAUUUGGGCUUUCCUCCGUCGGCGAGAAUGGGGCGAGGGGAAAGUUCUUAUCUCUACAGAAACUUCCUACGCGAUCUCCUUGAUGCUGACGCAUUUCCGUUAUACUGCCGUCACACCAUCCUUCAUUGACAACAUCAAGGCUGUCAAGAAUGAAGUAGAACUUGAAGGCUUGAGGCGCGCCUACCUUCGCGAUGGUAUUGCAUAUGUUAAAUGGCUUGCAUGGUUAGAGCACAAGAUCCAACAAGGAUACGACAUUACGGAGUAUGAAGCAGCAUGGCGUCUCACAGAGUACAGGAGGCAAAAUAAGCACUAUUGGGGUCUCGCAUACGAGAAUAUCUCUGCAAGCGGGCCUAACGCGGCUCUUCCCCACUAUUCGCCCACGAAAUCUGGCGCCCGGAUGAUUGAUCGAGAUACCCCUUACCUUAAUGAUUCUGGAGGUCAAUACCGUGAUGGCACCUGUGACACAACACGUACAAUUCAUUUUGGAAGGCCAUCAGUAGACCAAUCGGAAGCCUACACUCGCGUUUUGCAGGGUCACAUUGCCAUCGAUAGCGCAGUAUUCCCGGAGGGAACCACCGGCUCCCAACUUGAUGUUCUUGCUCGACGUGCACUAUGGAAGGACGGACUCAAUUACAUGCACGGCACUGGCCACGGUUUUGGCUCGUUCUUAAACGUUCAUGAAGGCCCACACGGGUUUUCUAGCAACGUUGCUCUUGUUCCUGGACAUGUCAUAACAAACGAGCCUGGUUUCUAUCUGGAAGGCCGGUGGGGAAUGCGCAUUGAAUCUGCGUUGGCUAUUCGCAGAGUUAAGACGAAAGGCGAAUUCAACGGCGACGUGUGGCUUGGGUUUGAACGCCUUACGUGUGUUCCGAUCCAGACGCGGAUGGUCAAAGAAAGUAUGCUUACCAAGGAAGAAAAGCAAUGGUUGAAAGAUCACAAUAAGAAAUGCCUAGAAAGACUCGAACCACUCCUCAAGGAUGAUAAGCGUGCUCUCAAAUGGCUGAAACGUGAAUCUGACAGGGGUAUUGGUCUCGCUGCUCCUGGCCCCGGCGGAAUUACCAUUGAUUGGGACUAA